CAAAAGGAUGAUAAAUAGCUAUUAUCCCCUUGUCCAUCGCAACUAUUGUGAAGGAAGAGGCAGACAAACUGGAUGGUGGAAUGGUAUCUGCUAUAAAAGGAGAAUUAGUGUCAUCACUUCAGAUUCUGGUGCAAUUUUCUGGUCUUCUUUCACCUCCUCCAGCUACUGUGCAUUUCGCAAAUACUGCAGCUAGGAAAGCUGCAGUUGUUCUAUCUGAUCUGAAAAGUGGGAAUGAGAACUUUUAUGGUUAUUCCAAAGAUAAUUCCCCUAUUAAAGCAGUAGGAAAUAUGCUACACCUCAUCGUGGAGGCAUGUAUCGCAAGGAACUUAGUUGAUACAUCUGCUUAUUUCUGGCCUGGCUAUUUGGUUCCACUUGAAGAAUCUUCUCGAGCCCAGGAAUCUUCAUGGUCAUCUUUAACAGACGGUUCUCCACUUAUGGAACUCAAGGAUGCACUUAUGGUUACACCUGCUUCGAGUGUAGCCGAGUUGGAGAAAUUGUACUCUUUUGCAGUAAGUGGGUCAGAGGAGGAGAAAUUGGUGGCUUCAAAGGUUUUGUGCGGGGCAUCACUUCUUCGUGGUUGGAACAUUCAGGAACAUGUCGUCCAAAUGGUGCUUAAGUUGUUAUCAUCAUUCCUCCCUCUGGAUUCCAGAUCAGACAGGCGAUAUGUACAGCACAUGCCUAUGCUGCAUGCUCUCAUAUUAGGGAUUUCUUCUGUUGAUGCUGUUCAUAUUCUCUCAAUGUAUGGCUUGGUGCCAGAAGUAGCAGCCAUGUUAAUGCCUCUCUGUGAGAUUUUUGGAUCCUUACCACCAUCUGAUCAUAGGAGUUGUAACUUUGAAGAGGCUUCUGUGUACUCUGUAUUCUCAUCUGCUUUCCUAUCGCUGCUUCGCUUGUGGAAAUUUCAUAGACCCCCUAUUGAGAAUGCUUUAUCAAGACAUGGAGUCUUUGUUCGGUCAGAGCUCAGUUUGGAUUUUCUCUUAUUAUUACGUAAUAGUCGUUCUGCUUUGAAAAACCUCUCUAAUGUUAGUAAGUCAAGCAUACUUCAAUUUGAUCCAUUGUUUCAAAAGCCAGUAUAUAUCGAUUCAUUUCCAAAGCUAAGGGCAUGGUACUUCCAGAACCAGGCUUGCAUAGCCUCUACUCUUUCUACUGUUUACAAUAGGCCAAAUGUCCUCCAUGUGGCAAACAUUAUACUGAAAAUUAUAUGCCAUAAAGUUUCAACCUGUCCUCCAUGUGUCCUGUCUGUAAAUCCUCAGUCAACAUCAAAUUCCAGUAUGGGUAGUCCACCUCCAGGUGUUAAAGAAGAUAGCCAGUGGCCAACACUUCCUGCAUGGGAAGUUCUGGAAGCUGUCCCUUUUGUGCUUGAGGCUGUAUUAACUGCAUGUGCUCAUGGGAGGCUUUCGUCCCGUGAUUUGAUUACAGGUCUAAGAGAUCUCGCAGAUUUCCUGCCUGCUUCACUUGCUGCUAUUGUCAGCUACUUUUCAGCAGAAAUUACCCGUGGCAUAUGGAAGCCAGUUAUGCUGAAUGGAACAGAUUGGCCAAGUCCAGCUGCAACGCUUCCAGUAGUUGAAUCCGAGAUAAAUGAAGUUCUAGCAUUGGCUGGUGUCAAUAUAAACAUCUCUUCUCGACCUCGUUCAGUGAUGCCAAUGCUGCCAUUGCCAAUUGCAGCCCUAAUCAGUUUAUCGAUAACAGUUAAGAUGGAGGAAUUUAGUCACCUACAUGGAAUCAUUGGCCAAGGAAUUGAAAUUUGUGCAACAUCUAGUUCAUGGCCAAGCAUGCAAAUUAUAGGUGCAUUGUGGUCCCAGAAAGUACGGCGCUGGCAUGAUUUUAUCAUAUUGGCAUGUUCACGGUCUCCCUUCACUCGAGAUAAUACAGCGGUAGCUCAACUGAUCAGGAGUUGCUUCACAUCUUUCCUUGGACCUUCAGUCGAUGGCCAUUCCUGUUAUGUAGCAAACAGAGGAGUCACUAAUUUGCUGGGGAAGACACUUGAUGAAAGAGCUAGACUUGUUGUUGCGCCAGGGUUUCUUUACAUGAGAUCUUGCCAGUUAUUUCCAGACAACAAUUUUGUUUGUGAAGAGAUUUUGAAGGUGGUCAUUGAGAGAGCCCGUACGCUAGCGAAUGAUUGUAGUUCUGAAAGACCUGCUCAUUUGAGAUCAGACUGCAUGACACUCUCAGAUGCCUCAUCCCUGGUAGAGCAGAUAUCAUCACUUGCAGCAACUAUGCUUUGUCAUGCUGGUGGGGUGAAUUUGAUCCGUCUCCUGUAUGAGCAUAUUCUCCCCACUUUGCUGCUUUCAGCAGGAGAAGAUAAGCUUGGUUCUGCCGGUCUUGUUUGCAGCUUAUUUGAAGGAUAUGCGCUAGCAUAUGUUCUCCUCUGGUCUGGUGCCAGCAUCUGGGGUGUCGGAGAAACCUCGCCAGCAUAUGCUUCAAUUUACACAUCAAAAAGGCAGCGGAUUGUGGACAGGCACUUGGAGUUCAUGGCUAAGGUAAUGGAGGGUAACAUUGUGCUGGGAUGCGGUGAGACCACUUGGAGGUCCUACGUUCUCUGUUUCGUAGGUUUGCUGGUUGACUUUGUGCCAGCAUGGAUUCUCGAAGUCAAGCUGGAGACACUUCAGAAAUUGGCGUCUGGACUUCGGAAAUGGCACAAGGGUGAUCUAGCCCUCUCUUUGCUUGAGCGAGGGGGAAAAAAGGCCGUGACUUCGGUGGUUGAAUCGCUUUUGUGAUACGCUGGUGCUCAAUUUUCGGUGUAAUUGUCUAUGUCAGCUUGGUACAUACACAUAACUUGUUACCAACUUACUAUUAUGAAAUUCAGCCCAUCAAAAAAAAUGAACGCUACAACCGUACAGCUUACCAGGAGCUUGCUUGUCCAUAUUGUCGAUCAGCUAAGGCUAACACUAAAGAUUGAGACGCCCAACAGGCAGUUGUUUGUAACUUUAUAUAGUCAUUCAUGUCAUUUAGUAGAUUCUUAUUAUUGCAGCCAUUCAUGAGGAAUA